CUUAGGGAAAGGGUACCACUUAGUAGACCCUUAGAACCCAGGAUUAGGAGCUGUAUUUAAUGAGAAUAGACACAGUAACCUGCAAAAGAUAUAUUCAAAACCAGUUACAAACUUUUGGAGAAAAAAAGGCAGGAAGGGAGAGGUUGGGGGCUCGGGCGAUCCAUUGCUUGGAGCUCGGCUUAGCCAGGCUGGGGGGUCCUCCCAGGGGCUGAUGAAUCGGCGCUCGACUGGCUUAGGAGCUGCCCGCAGGGAGAUUUAUGACAAAGUCCAGUUUUCAACAAUGCUGGAAUCAAAUGAUUGCUUGUUUUCCUUGGAUAAUUUGUUUUUUGAAAAACCGGAUGAAGUUGAAAACCAUCCAGAUAAUGAAAAGUCAUUAGAUUGGUUUCUCCCUCCUGCUCCACUGAUUUCAGAAAUUCCAGAUACUCAGGAGUUAGAGGAAGAAUUAGAAAGUCAUAAACUGUUAGGUCAGGAAAAGAGGCCAAAAAUGUUAACAUCAAAUUUAAAGAUAACUAAUGAAGACACAAAUUAUAUUUCGCAAAGACAAAAUUUCCAAUUUGCCUUUCCUUCUAAUAAAUAUGAACAGGAUGAUCUAAAUUUAGAAGGGGUAGGUAAAAAUGACUUAUCACAUGUUGCUGGCAAGCUGACAUAUUGUUCUCAGAAAUAUAAAAAUCACAUUGGCACUGAGAUAGCACCUGAGAAGAGUGUUCCUGGUGAUACAAAAUUAGUUAAUUUUGCAGAAGAUAAAGGAGAGAGCACAUCAGUGUUCCGGAAAAGAUUAUUUAAAAUAUCUGACAGUAUACAUGGGAGUGCUUAUUCUAAUGAAAGUGAAUUGGACUCUCACAUUGGCUCAGUGAAAAUUGUACAAACAGAAAUGAACAAAGGGAAAUCAAGGAACUAUAGCAAUAGUAGGCAGAAAUUUCAAUAUUCUGCAAAUGUGUUUACAGCAGAUAAUGCUUUUUCUGCUUCUGAAAUCGGAGAAGGCAUGUUCAGACCAUCUUUUCCAGUUGCUUUGCAGCCUCAUGAUAUUCAAAAGGUAACAGAAAAUGGUUUAGGUUCCUUGAAGGCUGUCACAGAAAUUCUGGCAAAAUUUAGAAGUGUUUUCAAAGAAUUUCCGUAUUUCAACUAUAUACAGUCCAAAGCCUUUGAUGAUGUAUUUUAUUUAACUUAUUUUUUUUUCUACCUUUCACUAGGUUUUUGUGCAGCAAGGAAGGGUAUGCAACAGGCUGCUUCUAUUCUUGUGAAAGAUGCUAAAUUUAUUAUGACUGUGGGACAGAAACAGAGGUUACAGAAGUAUGCAUAUUCCAUAAGAGAUUCAAAACUGAGAGACAUCUUAAAAGAUGGUGCUGCUUAUCAUCAUGCUGAUAUGGAGCUGUCAGAUAGAAAAGUAGCUGAAGGAGCUUUUACUGUUGGAGAUUUACCAAUUCUUUUUACUACCAGUACUUUAGCUAUGGGAGUAAAUUUGUGUGCUCACCUAGUAGUUAUAAAAUCUACAAUGCAUUAUGCCGGAGGACUGCUUGAAGAGUACAGUGAAACAGAUAUUCUACAGAUGAUUGGUAGAGCUGGUCGACCUCAAUUUGACACUACAGCUACUGCAGUUAUCAUAACUCGAUUAAGCACAAGAGACAAGUACAUUCAGAUGUUAGUUUGUAGAGACACUGUAAAAAGCAGUUUGCACAGACAUCUUAUUGAACAUUUAAAUGCAGAGAUAGUACUGCAUACUGUUGCAGAUGUGAAUAUUGCUUUGGAAUGAAUACGAUCAACUUUGCUUUAUAUCAGAGCCUUGAAAAAUCCAUCUCAUUAUGGUUUUGCAUCUGGAUUGAACAAAGAUGGAAUUGAAGCAAAAUUACAAGAAUUAUGUUUGAAGAAUCUGAAUGAUUUAUCAUCCCUGGACUUAAUAAAGAUGGAUGAAGGUGUUAAUUUCAAACCAACUGGGAUUCUGUUUUGCUAAAAGCUGGAAAUUGGGCUAAAAAGAUUGCUGUGAAGAGAGCUCUUAAAUCUGAAGAUCUUAGCAUAAAUCUAAUAAGUUCUGAAUUUG